AUCAAUCAAAAUUGAAAUUAUUUUGUGAGUUCUGCGGGGGCUAUGGUGCGUUGCGCAAAGUUCCUGUGUUGCCUGCCCCUGCGGCUGGGUGUCAUCCUGACGGGUUGUCUGUUUGGCCUAACGGACAUUGUACUCGGCAGCUACGGCUGGUAUAUGGUGGCCAGCAAUGCGUUUCCCGACAGCAUAGUCGAGUUCUUUAGGACAAUGGACACCGGCACAUGUGUGGCCUGCUUCGCUGGCACUUUCUACUUGAUGGCCCUCAACGAUCUAAUGCUGAUCUAUGGCGCCAUCAGGGAGAAGCCCGCCUAUAUAGGCAUCUGGCUGCUGGUCAACUUUGUGGUUCUUAUCUGUACGAUGGUCACGGCCUUGGUGAGCGGCAUAGCCAUCAUAAGAAUUGUCACUCUCAGCUAUUGCAUGUUUAUCGUGAACUCCUUUCACGUUCAACUGACGACCAAAGACGAUUGAUUGGCACUUUCCUCAAUGAAAUCUUAACAUCUCUCGAAGCUUCUUCCUUCCACUCAACGAAAGUCAACGAAACAGGAUUAAGCGGAUUCAAAUGAAACUGCACUUUCCGCUGCGAUGCCGAAAGGCCGCUCAAAAGCACCGCUCGAGACUCAUUAAAAAUCCAUUAAACUGGAUAAGCAGUGGCGGAAGGGCACCAGGGAGGAA